AUGGAGGAAGAUAGACGGCAGACGGAUCUUGGCACAGCAGCCGAUAUCGAAGAGGCACAGCUUACUCAAGCCAGCCCAUCCCCCGCUAUCGAGAAUGAGACGGAGCCAUCAGCGCAGAACGGAUCAACGCCGCUGAAGCAACCAAAGAAGAGAUUUGUAGGACGAAGAGCGGCAACGGAGGCAGCUGCAAAGAAUGGAGUAUCAGGGGCAUCAGGCGAGAGCGGCGCUGUUCAGACUGCCAAGCCUCGGAGAGCACCCAGGCUGUUGAACCAAGUUCCCAAAGAGAUUCUUGAGAACCCUGAUCUCAAGGCUGCUAUUGCCCUGCUGCCUGCCAACUACAACUUUGAGAUUCACAAGACGAUCCAUCGUAUCCAGACUUCAAAUUCCAAGAGAGUUGCGCUGCAAAUGCCCGAAGGUCUUUUGCUGUUUGCCACAACUAUCUCGGAUAUCUUGACGCAGUUCUGCCCUGGUAUUGAGACGCUCAUCAUGGGUGAUGUAACAUACGGCGCAUGCUGUAUCGAUGACUACACAGCAAGGGCUCUUGGCUGCGACUUGCUGGUGCAUUAUGCGCACAGCUGUCUCAUCCCUGUCGAUGUUACCACGAUCAAGACUCUCUACGUCUUUGUUGACAUUACCAUCGAUGCAACACAUCUCCUCGCAUCUCUGGAGCGCAACUUCGCCAGUGGCAAGACCAUUGCUGUUGUUGGCACCAUCCAGUUCAACGCCACUAUCCAUGGUGUUAAGAGCAGUCUCGAGCGCGGUGGCUUCCGUGUCCUCGUACCCCAGAUUGCGCCCUUGAGUAAGGGCGAGAUUCUGGGCUGCACGUCUCCUCGUCUAACAGAGGAUGACAAGAUCGACUUGAUUUUGUAUCUAGGAGAUGGUCGUUUCCAUCUUGAGAGUAUCAUGAUCCAUAACCCUUCUAUCCCAGCGUACCGAUACGACCCCUAUUCUCGAAAGCUUACACGCGAGACAUAUGGGCACGAGGAGAUGCAGUCUCUUCGACGAACAGCUAUUCACAGUGCUCGGUCUGCCCGCAAAUGGGGUCUAAUUCUCGGCGCCCUCGGCCGACAGGGCAACCCUCACACACUGGGUCUCAUAGAGAAAGAGCUGAAGGCGCGAGGCAUUCCCAUCGUUCAUUUACUCCUGAGCGAGAUCUUCCCUGGCAAGCUCGCGCUCAUGUCGGAUGUUGAGUGUUGGGUGCAGGUUGCUUGCCCUCGAUUGAGUAUCGACUGGGGCUAUGCGUUCCACAGGCCGCUGUUGACACCUUACGAGGCGCUUGUUGCUUUAGGAGAGAGGCAGGAUUGGGGAGAGGGUGUCUAUCCUAUGGACUACUAUGGAAAGGAUGGGCUAGGUAGGACGAGGCCUUUGCAGAUUGCUUCGGGAUAG